ACCCCCUCCAAAAUUCUUUCACUCCUCAAAAGCCCCAAAAUAAAACAAACAAACAAACAAACCCUAAAAGUUAAAGCUAAUAUUUUUCUGCUUCUUCUAUAUAACACUUCUUUCAUUCUAUCACUUCAUCUUAAUUCUCUUCUUCUUUAAAAACAAAAACUCUAAAAAAAUAUGCAACAAUUUUCCGAUGAUUUUCCGGCGACUACUUCAUCGGAAAUGGAGAUUUACCGUUACUUAGCCGGUGGCGGGGAAGUAAACGACGUCGUAAAUUGGCCGGCGAAGUUUAACAAUAAGUAUAGUAGUAGUGGUAGUUGCAGCGCGUCGUUUUAUCCUGGUUUUAUGAAUGAAACGGCAGAAGCUAAAGCGUUAGCUGCAUCAAGGAUACAUCAUAAAGAAGCUGAAAAAAGGAGGAGAGAGAGAAUUAAUUCUCAUCUUGAUCGUCUUCGUUCUAUUCUUCCCUGCACUUCUAAAACAGACAAAGCAACGCUCCUUUCCAAGGUGGUUCAGCGAGUGUUGGAGCUAAAACGGCAAACCUCGGAGAUACAUGAACUUGACAACAUGAUGAUACCUUCCGAAAACGACGAGUUUGCUGUUUAUAUUCAUAACAAUAAUAGUAAUGAAUGUGAUAAUAAUGAAGAUGGAGAUCAUAUUAAUGUUGAUAGUUACAAUAACAAUAAGCUUAUAUUAAAGGCAUCGUUAUGUUGUGAAGAUAGGCCUGAUCUGUUUGCUGAUCUUAAUGGGGUAUUGAGUUCUUUGAAUAUGAAGACUCUUAGGGCUGAGAUGUCGUCCCUCGGAGGCCGGAUUCAGAGUGUUUUCGUUGUUAGCGCUGAUAAUGAUACGCAAAGCGACGAAUGCGCCGUGUUCCUUAGGGAUGCAUUGAAGGGGAUUGUUCAACGAUCUGGGUCCGAGGAACGCUUGAAACGAAGGCGUAGGGUGUUUGAUGCUACUACAGAUUGCUAACUAAGUGUACUUGUUUUAUGUGAUAUGCUUGGUUAGUUUCAUAGUUUGUUUGUGAUGUAUAUGUGCAUUUCUUUUUCUUGUGUGUGGGGUUGGUUGGUUUGGAUUUCUAGUUUUGGAAUUAUAUCCAUUUAGUACGUGCUUUUUUUUGGGUUUCUUUGUAUGGAUUUGGGGUGGUAUAAGAUGGGGUAUAAUUAAGAUUGUAAACAGUUUCAAGGCAAGCAUCUGCUGUAAUAUGAGCGAUUUCUUUACUGUAUUAUCUACUUAAGUUUUCAUUAUUGUUUUUA